AUGAGAUGGCCGCCAUGGAGUUCCGAGUCGACCAAUGACGAAAAACAAUCAAUCUGGAGCUCCUCCGCAAACAACCCAAGCUCCGUCCUAGACUGGCGAGCCUUCCUCGAACCAAGAACCCUAGUCCCAACCCUCCUCCUAACAAGCGGUAUCCUGAUCUCCGUGCGCAUCCACCGAACCUACCUACGCCGCAUACCAGACGCGCCUAGCAUCUCGCCUUCGUUCCUCCGUCGCCGUAGCGUCUUCGGUCAGGUUACUAGCGUCGGCGAUGGCGAUAACUUUCGCAUCUUCCAUACCCCCGGUGGCCGACUUGCUGGUUGGGGAUGGGUACCCUGGAAGAAGGUUCCUACUGCUAAGAAGGAUUUGAAAGAUAAUACUAUCCACAUCCGUCUCGCUGGCAUAGACGCCCCCGAACUCGCCCACUUCGGCCGCCCCGAACAACCCUUCGCGCGCGACGCCCACGCCUGGCUAACACGCUACCUAACCAACAGGCGCGUACGCGCCCUCGUCCACCGACAAGACCAGUACUCGCGCGUUGUAGCGAGCGUAUUCGUGCGACGGGCGUUCGAUUUCCCGCCUUUCCGACGGAGGGACGUUUCUUACGAAAUGCUGAGGAAGGGUCUGGCGACUGUAUACGAGGCGAAGAUAGGGUCUGAGUUUGGUGGGGAGAAGAUGGAGAAGAAGUAUCGGAGGGCUGAGUGGUGGGCUAAGAAGAGGGCUAAGGGGCUUUGGAAAGAUUAUCGUGCUGUUGGGGGGAAUUGGGAGAGUCCUAGGGAAUAUAAGAAUCGCAUGGGGAUGGGGGAUUCGGUGUUGGUUGAGAAGGGGAAGAAGUCGUGA